AAAGAGCUGCUGCCUGCCUCUCCACAGCAGAGAGAGAGAGAGAGAGAGAGACCUAACAGAGUGAUUGAAGGUUCAUCCAAGCGCUCAGGACGCACAGACGGAGUUGCACAAUCAGCGCUCCAAAGGGACUCCAGAAAGCAGAAAGCCCUCAGCGCUCCUUCAGCUCUGCCGUCAACAGUCGCUGCAAGUGGAUAUUAUUUGCACCUCGACAGACUUUUGCUGUGUCUUUACUCGUAGACAGCGUUUGGGAAGCUCGGAUUUUGAGGAAAAACUGAUCUUUUUUAAAAACUUGUGAAGAAAUGCAUCGAUGCACAGCGGUGCUACUUUUGUUAGUGGUGGCCUUAUACUUCCUGAGCGCAGAAGCCUACAAGUGCAGGUGCACCAGAAAAGGACCAAAGAUCAGAUACAAGGAUGUACAGAAGCUGGAGAUCAAACCCAAACACCCAUACUGCCAAGAGAAGAUGAUAUUUGUGACGAUGGAGAAUGUGGCUCGGUUCAAAGGGCAAGAGUAUUGUCUUCAUCCCAAACUUCAGAGCACCAAGAAUCUGGUCAAAUGGUUCCGCAUCUGGAAGGACAAGCACAGGGUGUAUGAAGCCUAAAACCUCAGCCGCCCAGCACACGUGGAUCAAGUGAGACAAAAACAAAACGAGACAACAAUCACCAGGACUGUUUUUGCGAAGUACAAGAUGUAUUACUACAAUCAGACUGUACUUCUCCCUCUUCUGCCUGAGAUUCGUCAAGCACAUUAAGAGAUAUCUUUAUAGUUUGUAUGUAAGCUGGUGGGCUCGUUUUAUUCGGCCAUCAGUCUAGUCACAGUAACUUACCACUCCUGUCUUUACAACUGUAGUUAUAUUUUUCAAAUAGUGGACGAGACACCGCAAUCUGUGUUCAAACAGUUGUAGGUUUGUUCAGUUAUUACUUAAAGGGACUUCUCUUUUGCUUUGGCUUUUAGGCUUCUUUCAAAGUGAGGAAUGUGUAAGAAUGUGUCCUUCUGAAGAAACAGGCAAACCUUCCUUUGAAAACUACAGUGUGGGUGUUUCAGUUGUUAAGAUUUUCUCUACUCUGUAUUCAAUGUGACAGGUAGGACGCUAGUACAAUGCCAACAUUUAGGAUCUGGUUACCCGUGUUUAAGAGGCUGUAGUCGAGAUGCAGCGAUAAAGGUUCUCAGUGAAUCUGAUUCUCUGUAUUUGUAGAGGAGAGGCGGUCGAUGUGCAGUUACAUAUAAUACAGAAGUUGCUAUUGUUCAGUCAGAUAGAGGAGAUUUACCACACUGUGUGUGUGUGUAUGUGUGUGUGUGUGUUUACCAUGUCCACACUAGUCAUAUGUGUCAAACACACACACUAUUCUGCAGUACCCAUUUUGUAAAAUAUUAUCUCAUUAACUGUCAGGGUGUAGUUUUAAUAGAUGUUAAAGACUACAAAUAGUUAAUUUGUGCCAUUGCUACAUACAGUACAGUCUGUGGAUUGGAGUUCCUUUAAAAAGCUUGAUUAAUAAAGAAAGCAAGACUGUCUGCAGUUUACAUCCACAAAGGACUAUCUGUUAUAUAUUUUCACUGGUUGAAAGACGUUUAAGUUCCACCUCUUGAAAUAAAUGUGUAAUGAAGCAAUGUCUUAUAACUACUGUACUGAGCAUCUUUAAAGGAUAAGUAAGGUUGUUCAUAGUCUAGUUUUUUGUUAACCAAUAUCCCAUGAAAAUAUCCAAAUCAACAAUGUGCUAAUGUCUCUCAGUAGUUCCUAAAUUCCCUAACCUGUCUGUUGCACUCAGCCCAUUCAUUCCUACUGAAACCUUUAAAAACAGGUCAGAAAUACAUACUCUCUUAAAACAAAAAACACAUCACUCAAACUAGAGUAAAUGGUGCAUUCAUUGGGGACUAUUUUCAGCUGCGGAUUAAUAUACAAGCGGUGCUCUACUGAGUAUUUACAGCAGCACAACGGUGACUCCAAAUAAACUUAAGUGACCAUGUUUAUGGUUAUAAAACAACAUGUCACCCAGUUUAACUGUGUUGCUCACUGAUGUGUUUUUAAUAGUUUGACUACAACGGAGCUCUGUGGUGCAGAGCAAUAAGAUACAUCAGGCCUCUGACACACAGACAACUUGUUAAUGGAUUUUGUUUUUUUUCAUGGGAUUUGUUGACUUGAAAAAGAAAAUACAGAAUAUGAUCAAACAUAUCCUUCAAAAUGGGUUAUGGGCUAUGUUAUCACUUUAUGAAAGUAAUCAUUGGACCAGUGCAUGAGAAAACUACUUUCUUUUAGCAUUGAUGAGACAAUUUGGCUGAAAAAUCUGAAUCAUUCUUACUGUCCACAUACAAAACAACACUAAUUACACAACAGCAUAUAUUGGAAUAAAUGGUAGGUGUUUCACUGCUGAAGAUCGUUUCACUGUCUCCUACAGUCCUGUGUGGGCGAUGAUACUCUGAUCUGAUCUCUCCUCCCGUAGAUAUCCUGAACAAUACUGUCAACAUAUUAUUUUGUACGCUGUGGAUACACUUUGUAACAAUGACUGUUGGGUGUUUUUUUUGUUGCCACCAAACAGAAUUCACACACAAAUAUAUCUACAUAUAUACAAAAACACUACAUUUUCUUUACCUUUUGAAGAAUGUGCAUUACUCUUGUUUUAUAUCUGAUAUAUAAAUAUAUAUAUAAAGAAGCAUUUUGUAAAUGGACCAGUAUAGCCUAUAUGUUAGUGAGAAUGAAUUCACCUUAAGACUUUCUAGUGUCAUGUAUAUUGUAUUACUGCAUUAUAGUUGUUUUUGCUAUUUAAAUCUUGGUUUGGUAACAGAUAUUUGGAGGUUUAGUGUUUGGACCGGUCCACCAAACACACCGUUAAACAUUCCAUUGUGUGUAAAACAAUAAACACAGCAAUAAAGUGUCUAUAGAGAA